AUGUCAUUGCCUAUGAUAUUAACUAACGGUGUUGCUGGGUUCCCGUUCGCAGGCGCUGAUGUUGGCGGUUUCUUCAAUGACCCACCAGAAGAUCUUCUCACGAGAUGGUAUCAAGCUGGAAUCUGGUAUCCAUUUUUCCGUGCGCAUUCACACAUUGACACACGGCGUCGGGAACCCUACCUGAUUGCGGAACCUUUCCGAACGAUCAUCAUCCAGGCAAUUCGCUUGAGAUAUCAACUUCUUCCAGUGUGGUAUACCGCGUUCCAAGAAGCUUCAGUCACCGGAAUGCCUAUAAUACGCCCUCAAUACUAUGCAUUUCCGAACGAGGAGCAAGGCUUUCCGCUUGACUCUCAAUUCUGGCUAGGUGGAAGUGGUCUCCUCAUACGACCUGUAGUAGAGCAAAUGGAUGUGACGGAUAUCUACUUGGCAGGCGAUGAGAAGUACUACGACUACUUCGACUUUACCAUUUACCAGGGCGCCAGUCGCCACUCUGUCCCUGCACCUAUUGGAAAAAUCCCCUUGUUCCUCCAUAGUGGUCACAUUGUUCCGCGGCGAGAGUGA